CAGCGCCCCGCCCUAAUGCCCCGCCCCCAGGGCCCCGCCCCACUCCCCUCCCCCUGCGCUCCGGGGCGUGGGGCGGGCGGAGGCGCUGCGGCGGCCGGCGCAGUCGCUUCCUCGGGCCAUUUUGCUCGGGAGCGGCGGGGAGGGGCGGUCGCCGCGGAGACCCAGGUCAGGAACCGCAAGCGGAGGCGGCGGCGGCGUGCGGCAGUGGGUCUCGGCGGGCGCGGGGUCUGGAGGCCGGGCGAUCGCCGGGGAGGCCCGCGGAGCCGCCCGGGCCCGCCGCGCUGCACCAUGAGUUGGGGCGCCGAGCUCUGGGACCAGUUUGACAGCUUGGAGAAGCACACGCAGUGGGGCAUCGAUGUACUGGAGAGGUACAUCAAGUUCGUGCGAGAGCGCUCCGAGAUCGAGCUCAGCUAUGCCAAGCAGCUCAGGAACCUUUCGAAGAAAUACCAACCGAAAAAGAGCUCCAAGGAGGAAGAGGAAUACAAGUACACAUCGUGCCGAGCCUUCCUGUCCACCCUGCACGAGACUGGGGACUACGCCGGGCAGCACGAGGUCAUCUCGGAGAACAUGACGGCUCAGAUCCUGGUGGACCUGGCCCGCUACGUCCAGGAGCUGAAGCAGGAGCGGAAAGCGAACUUCCACGAUGGGCGGAAAGCACAGCAGCACAUCGAGACCUGCUGGAAGCAGCUCGAAUCCAGUAAGCGGCGAUUCGAGCGGGACUGCAGGGAGGCCGAGAGGGCCCAGCAGUACUUUGAGAAGAUGGACGCGGACAUCAACGUCACCAAGGCCGACGUGGAGAAGGCGCGGCAGCAGGCUCAGAUUCGACACCAGAUGGCAGAGGACAGCAGAGCCGACUACUCCUCCAUCCUGCAGAAGUUCAACCAGGAGCAGCAUGAGUAUUACCACACCCACAUCCCCACCAUCUUCCAGAAAAUCCAAGAGAUGGAGGAGCGGCGGAUCGUGAAGCUGGGCGAGUGCAUGAAGACCUACGCCGAGGUGGACCGGCAGGUGAUCCCCAUCAUCGGCAAGUGCCUGGACGGCAUCGUGACAGCGGCCGAGGCCAUCGACCAGAAGAGCGAUUCACAGUUGGUGAUCGAAGCUUACAAGUCAGGCUUCGAGCCCCCCGGGGAUGUCGAGUUCGAGGAUUACACCCAGCCUAUGAAGCGCACUGUGUCGGACAACAGCCUGUCCAACCCCCGAGGGGACGGCAAGCCUGAGCUCAAGUUCGGUGGCAAAUCCAAGGGGAAGCUGUGGCCAUUCAUCAAAAAGAACAAGCUUAUGUCCCUUUUAACGUCCCCCCAUCAGCCCCCCCCUCCGCCCCCCACCUCUGCCUCACCCUCUGCUGUUCCCAACGGCCCUCAGUCUCCCAAGCAGCCAAAGGAGCCCCUCUCCCAUCGCUUCAACGAGUUCAUGACCUCCAAACCCAAAAUGCACUGCUUCAGGAGCCUAAAGCGUGGGACUCAGUCUCACAGUUUUCACAAAGAGCUCAUGAAGAGGACGCUAGGGAAGCCCACCUAUGCCUUUGAGGCCAGGGCCUACGUUGGGGCCACACCUGAGGACUUCAGCAACCUCCCACCUGAGCAGAGGAGGAAGAGACUGCAGCAGAGAGUGGACGAGCUCAGCAGGGAGAUCCAGAAGGAGAUGGACCAGAGGGAUGCCAUAACCAAGAUGAAGGACGUCUACCUGAAGAACCCUCAGAUGGGUGACCCGGCCAGCCUGGACCACAAGCUCGCAGAGGUCACCCAGAACACAGAGAGGCUGCGGCUUGAGGCGCAGAAAUUUGAGGCCUGGCUGGCUGAGGUCGAGGGCCGCCUGCCUGGGCGAGGUGACCAGGUGCGCAGGCAGAGCGGGAUGUUUGAGAGCCAGCAGCCGCCGGCCGUGCACAACUGCGCCCAGGACCGAGAGAGCAGCCCGGAUGGCAGCUACACGGAGGAGCGGAGCCAGGAGAGCGAGCUCAAGGUGUUGGCCGCGGACUUCGACGAUGAGUUCGAUGACGAGGAGCCACUGCCUGCCCUUGGGACCUGCAAGGCCCUCUACGCAUUCGAAGGUCAGAACGAAGGCACCAUCUCGGUGGCCGAGGGAGAGACGCUGUACGUCAUCGAGGAGGACAAGGGGGACGGCUGGACCCGCAUCCGCAGGGGCGAGGAUGAGGAGGGCUACGUGCCUACCUCGUACGUCGAGGUCUAUUUGGACAGAAACACCAAAGCCCAGGACUCUUGCACUGCAGCUAGAACCCCAGCUGGCCACUCCACCCUGGGGUGUGUUAUAGACACUUGGGUUCUGAAUUCCUAAAGGCGGGGACCUAGAUGGGACCCAGAGCCGCCCCAGGAGCCUGCACCCGGCCUGCCACCUCCGCCGGCCACCAGCGCCCGUGCCUGGACUGCCCGGCUGGCUGAAGGCAGCCGUGUCCCCACCUUCCAGCAUGCUCUUGGCCCCGAGCAUCUCACACUGUGCCUUGGUGACAUCAACGCCUGCGGGCCGCCCGUCCCUGGGGCCGAGCGCUGAGUGGCAGCCAUCCUCUCCUGGGUCCGGGCCUGAUGCUGACCCCUUCUGCACUUUCUGGGCCCGGGUGCACCUGGGGUGGGAUUGGAGGCGCCUACCCCAGCCCCGGCCCGCACCGAAGUACCCUGCGGCUGGUGUCAGCCUGGCCGCCUCCCCUGUGUCCACCUUGCCUCUGGGACCUGCCAGUGUCAGUGCCUCGGGACCCAGUGUCACCAUCACGGCCCAGUGAUGGCGCCUCUCUUGCCCCUGUGCCCCGAGAGUAGCAUUUAGGGCUUCCACGCCUCCUCCACCAAAGACCCCGCGCCUCUUGGGUCCCUGCCUGAGUCACCCGGCAUCCAUGUUGGACUUGAGCUCCGCAGGCCUUGGGGAGUAAACUGAGUCUGACUCUGAGGAAGCCCGGCCUCGUGGCCCCUCCUUACCUGGUGCAGUGACACGGAAUGGCACGGCCCUGAAGGCCCUGGCAGAGGCAGCGUGUGCACCCCGCCUGGCUCUGGGGACCCAGGUGUCACCCUGAGUGUCUAGGCUGCGGAGGGGACUAUGAGGGCAGGUCCUGUGGGUCAGCACGACUCUGCCCCACCUCUGGAGGCGGUCCCCAUGGCAACCAGGUCCCCUUCAAGGCAGCUGUCAACAGGGCCACCAGAAGCAACAGCACCCCGGAAAUACCAAGGGGAAGAGGUGGGCUUGAGUGGCCUGGGGUGAUCCAGCCAGCCAGGCCUCUGUCACCUCCUCCUGUGUGGGGCUCUGCCUGGCUGUGACAUCAGCUGCACCUCCUCCACGAGCCAGGGUCCCGCUCUGCACCCCCAAGCCUUCCACUGUCACAGCCACCCUCCCUUCCUGUGUUGAGACCCACCGUGGGGGACCCGCUCCGCCCCCUGUCCUCCCUGCUGUCCUGUCUUCUGUCCACGCCUUGGUACUCUGUCCACAGUGUGGGGAGAGGACGCUGUCCCCGCCUGGUCACUGCUGUGACAUGAGUGAUCAUUGGCAGGGGACUCCCACUGUGGGGCCAUUCCUGUCACCACAGGCUCCUUCCCACAAUCCCGCCCGCCGUCUCCCCACCCUGCUAAAGUGCUGUGAGAAUGACCUGUCUGAACCUUGGCUUGGCGCACGUCUUUCAUGCCAGCACCUGGGAGGCCUAGGCAGGAGGAUCAUCAGGAGUUGGAGGCAACCUGGGCUCCCUAGAAGACCUUGUCUCACUAAACAACAGAAAAGAAUGAGUCCUUGGAAAAGCCCCUGCCCUGCGAAUGACUUAGAAACAGGACGAGAGAGGAAUGCGUGCUACCCUCUUUUCCUUUGCAAAACGAGGGCACAGGCAUGGCGAGCCGUCCUAGGCCUCUCCCAGGGAGGCCGUGCGCAGCUGGCGACUGGCCCAGCAGGCGCCCCUGGUGCCCCCCAACACCUGUCCCUGCAGCAGGGGGUCCCCAGCAGUUGGUGUUAACACGAGCGUCUCCUCAGUGUCCCUCACGGGCUCCGUCUGUGUUUGUGACCUCAGAAAUGUCAUGACCCAAACGCUAUCUAACCUGGCGCUGGACACCGUGUGUGCGUGUGCACGUAAGUGUGAGUGUUGCACUAAUCCUGAGCUCCAUGGCCUGUCACCCUGCACAAGUCCUGGAGCCCCCACCUCGUCUGUCUCUGGAGAUGGAAUCAAACCACGUACGCGCUUGCGUCCGAGGGCCCUGCUGACCCGUAACUCUGUUAAUCUCCAAACAGCCAAUAAAGUCCAACUUCGUGUAGCGUCCA